AUGCUUCUCCGUCAAGCAAACGCCAUUCCGUCUACCAAAUCCAUACAUUCGCCUUCCGCGUGGACACUGCGACGCCUCCUCGAGAACUCGAGCACGACUACCAUUGUGAUCUUGUGUGUCGUGGGCGGAAUCCUCUUGAUCGGCACGGCGUUGUACCUGUUUUUAUUGGGGCGAAGCAAUCGUUGGCGAUGGGGUCAUGGACCUGAGUCUGCGGUUGAAGCAUUGCCUGACAACGUGAUGCGAAAGAAAGGUCCACCAACCACCGUAAAACUACAUGGCGGAAGGUCUUCGAUAUUUGACGCACGUCGCAGCAGUCACAUUAUCCUGGCAUCGACCGUCAUGCACGAAGAAGAGUCUCAUUCCAUCGCCGUACAACAGCAUGCCAUUCCAAGCAGGCCCACAUUACCUCCAACGGUCAAUGAAGACGACGACGACGACGAUAUCUAUCUCGGGCAGGAGAAGCGAUACCAGCUCGUUUAG